UGAUGCCCGACUUGCAACCCACAGAAAAAUCUCAAACAACAAAUGGUGAUAUAUUACUUCAAAGCAAGUUCUGUUUAUAUCUGGAGAUAUUAAUUGAUCAUAAUAUAUUCCAAAAUAGCCAAUCUUUUCACAACUUUCAUUCCGUAAAAAUACAGAAGUCUCAAGGUUUGUCUGCAGAGUUAGUUAUUGUGAAGUGAACAUUGACCCUGAGAACGGUGACAAUUUCGAACGAAGCGUCGUCAUGUAGUUAUGGCAAUUUCUACGGAAGACUCUCAGUACCACUCUUCUGAAUUGAUAAAAGACCUGAGAACAUAUAGACCAAAAUACCCUAUACCCAAAGAGCUGAUAGAUGUUCGUACCGAAGAGACAUUUUGUGCAUAUUGUGGUGUCAGUUAUCUUAUACUGAACGAAAUAAAGUUUCUUGAAGAUAAAUCCGAAAAUUUGAGAAAAGAAUUGGAACUUGUCAGACACGAACAAAGCUCCCAUUCAUCGACUCCUGGGGGCAAUGUUGGCUUGCCAUCAAAUGGUGAACGACAAGUAUCUGAAGAUAUUGAACGUCUAUUAAAUGAAAAAGCUGAAAUCAUCCAACAAUUAGAUGAUGCGAAUACAAAAUUAAUUUGUUACGAAGCUACUGAAAAACAAUUUAUCAAAGAACUUGCCAGAAGUCAAGCUGAGGUUUCAUAUACUCAAGAACAACUGAUCGAGCUGUUUGAUUAUUCAAAGAGAGUACGAAAUAAAUUAAAAGAGAAACUAUGCACUGACAGUCUACUUCGUCCAAUAUUUGAUAGAAUCAACAGUUUAAGAGAUCAUAUUUCUACACUUAAUCAGUUAUAUAAUACUUCGCUUACACAAUUGAAUAGUCAAUAUAACGAGAUAACUAAUAAACUUGAUUUAGUUACCUUGGAAAAAGAUUCAGCGAUUAAUAAGUUCAAUGAAUUAGAGUUAAAGUAUAAAGAAGAACGUAAUAAUUGGUCAGAAAAACAAGGGGAACAAUUGGGUGAUAUAUUAGGUAAUAUUUUUUUAAAAAAUAUUUUCAUUAAAACAGGUCUGUGAUUGGGCAGUGAUUAUAGAUAGAGAUAUUCACUUACACUGACGUAUAUUGUAAGGUAUAUUUGAUUUUGAUUUCACUUAUUGACUUCUUUGUAAUUGUUCCUUUCUAAUGUAAGCGUCAAUUACUCGGUAGAAUAAUUGAAUGACUAUGUUUAUCACGUAAGUGUCAUGAUCGAGUAUCUAAUGCUAAUAACAAAGUUAACGAUCGAUGUCAUUUAGUUGAAAUCUAGUUAUAACAGAAGCACUCAUUAAAGUCUGAUUAGAAUUGGUAUGAUAGUUAAAUUAAUUACACUGAGUUUAUGAAGAGCUCAUCAGUACCAGUUGGCCAUCUGAUUUGGUGUUUUAAUCUUUGCAACUUCUGUAGUCUCAUCCUACACUAACAGAACCUUUCAUUACUGUAAUAAAUUCGAAAAAUCUAUUAUCUAAACAAUUUUUAAACCAAAACAUAUCAAACAAUCUAAUACCGCAUAUGUCCCCAACAUUCAAUAAUACUAUCUAAAUAAAGCUAAUCAUACCUGUGAACUGAAAUGAAUUCUGUAGUUAUUAUUUUCAGAAUAUAUGAAUAUUAUUAUCUUUUCUUGCUGUAGAUCAAUGAGUGAUAUUUAUGGAGUGAAUGCUUAGGGAUUUUACUAUUUCAAUUCUAUAUUUAAUGCAUAAAUAUUAUCAUAAGCUUGAGAUGUAAAUUGUAUUAUCAAAAUCUUACAACAAACGUGUUAUUGAGUGCUGAAUUGAUGUUCAAUGCUAGACAUUUCUAAGCGUUUCAUAGCUCGUUUUUCCGAUGUGAUUAAAAAAUAUUUUCAUUUAAUAGUUGAGUUCAUGAGCCAAUUAAAGCUAGACCACCAUGGAAAACCUGGAAGAACUGGACAGCCAUCUCGUUCGACUAUGGGACUCUUCAGCAGCUUUAAUUGAACCAUGAACUCAAUGACUAAAUUACUACAAUCUCCACAAAAAGUAAUUUUUGAUAAUAAUCAUCACGUGCUCACUAGUGACUGGAGUUCUAGUAAGAAGCCGUGGUCAGUGGAGUUCAACCGCUUCUGUUGUGAGAUUGUAACUCACUGAAGACAAUGGUAGAUGGUGGCGGAAUUUCGUGGAUUGAUUGAAGUUAGAUAAUAACACCGUUGGAUGCCGGUUGGCUCAGUGGUCUAGAGGUUAAGCGCUCGCGCGCCAGACCGUAGGUUUUAAUCCCGAGAGCGGGAUUGUGAAUGUACUCUGCCGAAGAGUCUCGUGCUGGGAUGAAAUAACCGUCCAGUGCUUCCAGGUCUUCCAUGACGGUCUAACUUUCAUUGACCAUGAACUCGAUGAUUAAAUUACAACAGUCUCCACAAAAACCUCUUUCUGGAAAUAUUUAUUAUUAUUGGGUUCAUUAGCUUGAAUAUUAAUUUACAAAAAUUUAGUUAAGGAUCAUUAUUAGAUAUUUGAUCAUUUAUUUCAUUGGUGAUCCUACUCGUUAUUGAUUGAUUUACUCUCAAAAAUAGUUGGGAAAGUGAAAGUAUAUACUCCGCAAUGAAUUUUAGAUCGAUUAAAACUUAUGAACGAAACUUCUUAUUUGGUUUUCUCUAUUCGUGGUUCACCUGAAAUUUGUAUAUGUGUAUGUAAUAACAUUUAUUCAGAGUGCUCUCAAUUCUGCUAGACAACUACAGAGGGUAUUUUCAACUCAAUCUUUCUUCAUUUCUGAAUAUUAAUUAUAAACGUAGAAACUGGGACAUAUGUCCAUUUGUUAAAGUUGGCUCAUCAUAUCAGUUCAGCGAUUUGAAACCUUCAAGGUGAAUUCCAGAACAGUUUAAGUAGUGACAGUGUCAGUGGUACUAAAAAAUAUUGAGCAUAGAUAAUAUGAGUCAGGAAAAAAAUAUUGAUUGCACGGCAUUAAAUGUACACUAUAAUUUUUAGACUCAACAUCCCAGAAGAAAUGAAGCGCAAAUGCUUAAUUUGCAACCGUAUUCUCACUGUAAGACUUCAGAUUUUGAUCUAUAUUACUACGUGGUUUGAUAGUUUUGAUACUCGGUCAUCCUUCUAUUUGUUGAACAGAGUUACAGUCUGAGGUUAUCUGUUGAUGAGAAGUGUAUCUGAGAAGUUUAUUAAUAUCUUGAAGGCCCCAUAUACAAACAUCUCGGGUAGAGUGAGGGCAUAAACCAUCUCUCUAUUGUUUCAUUUAAGCAGUGGGUUAGGCAGGGUUGCCCAAUCUCACCAUUCCUAUUCAACUUAGCCAUUGAUGACUCUCUUAAAACAGCUCCGAUGAAAGUAGGUGAUGGUGUUGUGGAUCUGCUACCUGGAGAAAUGCUUCUCAACCUUAAGCAUGUGGAUGAUAUUUUCUUACUGUAGAAUAAUACUCAUAUUAUGCAAUCCGCACUUAGUCACUUGACAACCAGUGUCCGUUGGUACAGCAUAUGUUUUGCGCUUCCUAAGUACAAAGUACUUUUACAAGACUGGCAGAACCCUGAACUUGCACUCACCCUGGGUAGUGAGCAGAUAGGAGAAUUUGAAAAGUUCUUUUAUCUGGGUAGCUGCGUAAGUGCUGGCGGUUGCAUGAGAGAUGAAACCAAUUCACUUAUAGUGAAAGCCAGAGCAGCUUAUGUCAAUUUGGACCAUCUUUAGCGCUUUCAUGACGUUAAUCUGGCUGCAAAGUUCGGGUUCACAACGCGUUAGUGAACACAGUUUUGUCCCAUUCUUGUGGAACCUGACCUCUGAGUUAAGGAUGUUAGACAACUCACUGUGUUUGAUCACCGUUGUCUCCGAAUGAUUGAUGACAUCUAGUGGCGUCAUCAUUUUACUAAUGUAGAAGUUUAGCAACGUGUUUUCUUAUGUGACUCCUCAGCAGUGCACAUCCACAAUUCUGCACAUGGGACUCGGACCCAGGACCUUCGGUCUCACUUAUAUCGACUCGUGAAUUCAACUGCGAAAAUACUACAGCCUCUACAAAUCCCCAUACAAAUAUUUUUGUGUUUAAGUAAAUAAAAUAAAUGAAAUUAGACCAAUCCCCAUUGUCGUUAUUAAAUUGGGUGGAUUAUAGAGAGUAGUUCAAUGCAAUGAUGGUUUUGUCACAAGCUGAUAUUGUUUUAGCACCAUUGUAUUUCUUGAAACGUGUAUAAUAUGUUUAUCUUUUUUCAUAAUCCAUUUAGACGAUAUGAUCAUAUUCAUUUGUAUCUUCAUGUUAAUGUUUUAGUCGCUUUAGUAAUUAUGGUCCUAAGCCAUUUCUUAGAUUGCAUCAACUUUAGAUGAUUUAGGAAGCUAUAAGACAUUUCCGAAUUCAUUUUCAAGUUAAUUUCUGUGUUUAUCUGUCCUUAUUUUGGAUGAAUUGAUUGAAGGCAUAGACAUUGUUUAUUUCAAUAGAAAGUUCCGAAGAUUUAAAACUUAUUAAAGGAAAAUAUACUCUGUGAAAAUAUAAUUCAUUUGUGCCUAUGAAACUGUCCUGAUGUUCACCACCAAUUUUUCUAAUCUACCUGGAACAAUGAAAGAAUGCUUCACAUUCACAAUUAGACUUGCUGAUUGCACAGUAGAAAAAUUGAUUCCGGAAGCUUAUGUGCUAAGAUCUCAUUUGUCAUUAAAAUAAGUUUCUUGAGAGUUUUUUUCCUAUCAUAGUUCUCAUUAAUACAGUGUAAAGAUUGGUUAACAAGUUCUUUACUUACUCUGACAAAAGCUUUGUGUAACUCUCAUACUGUUCUAAAAUCUUUAACGUCGUUGAAUGUCAGUGAAUUAGGAUACUGAAGUCACAAUUCAUCAUAAAAUUAUUUGCCAUUUUGAAAAGUAACCAAGGUGAGAUAUAUUUCAUAAACUUUGAAGUUAUUAUCACUUGCUUAUCUGAUUUUCACAAACUUUUAAGCAUCUUUUAGACCAGUGAAACAGUAUUUGGAUCAGUUUAAAGGCUAUGCCCAUCUUGUCUUAUGUAUGAAGUCAUCGAAUAAUUAAGCAUAGAGCUAUUAAUGAUUUUCAAUACCUCAUCGACAUGUCAAAUAGAUUGUUAUGGAUUUGGUAAUCGUCCAUCUGGUAAACCGCUUUAUACUUGUUCCUAAAAUGAAUUUUCAGAUUUGAUCAUUACUCUUUUUUACACUGAUAAACAAAGUAAUCAUUAAUUCACUUGAACGAAUUCUUGAUGAUCUUCAUACUCUAUAGUCUAAACAUCGUUCGAACAUGAGACAUUUUAAUCUGAUCUCAAAAGAUGAUUAAUUAAAGAAUUUAAUAUCAGAUUGGGUUUUUGUGGAUAUUAUAGUAAUUUCAAUAGUUGAAAUUAUGAGUCAGUGAAAGCUAGAACACCAUGGAAAACCUGGAAGCACUGGACGGCCGUUUCGUUCUAUUACUGGACUCCUCAGCAGUGCGCAUCCACGAUCCCGACUCAUGAGAUUCGAACCAUAGGACUUGUCGGUCUCGCGCGCGAGCUCUUAACCUCUAGACCACUGAGCCAUCCGGCAUCCAACGGUGUUCAUGUUUAACUUCACCUGAUCCACGAAAUUGAGCGACACAUCCAUCAUUGUUUUCAAUGAAUGACUGCCUCACAACAGACCCGGUUGAACUCCACUGGUUACGGCUUGUCACUAGAAUGAAAGAAUUCUCUAGAAUGUCUUGAAAUUUUUCUUUUUCUUCCAGUAAUCGUUAUUCUUAUUUUUUCUUAAAACAUUUCAGUAUUAAAAACAAAAUUAAAAGAAGAAACUAAACGUUUGGAUACUUUACAUGAUGAGAAAAGACAAUUAAUAUUGAAUUUUGAACAAAGAAUAAAUUAUCUAAAAGAAGAAAAUCAAUCAUAUGCUCAUGAAAAUAUAAGUUUAAAAGAAAAAAUUUCAAGUUUAGCUGAACAAUUAGAUAAUCAGUUACAAAAACAUGAUCUUACUGAAAGAAACUAUAAAGAAAGAGAACAAUGUUUACUAAACAAGAUGACCAAUAUUUCUGAAGAAUUAACUAGGAUCAAAAAAAUGAAUGAUCAGUUGAAUUCAGCAUUGGAGACUAGUAAACAAGAGAUAUUUGAGUUGAAGACCAUCAAGUAAGUUACUCUAUUUUUUGCAACAAGGAUUUUCAAUUUUUUUUACAAUUAAUUAUUAUACUUUUUAAAGUUGACUUUUACCCAAAACUAAUAUCAGCUGACAAAACACCAUGAAGAAUUAGAUCAACAUUUCGCCUUUGUUUAGUACUGAAGAGUGUGCACUUAUAUAUGUACAUGGAGCUGAAAUCAGCUCUAAACUUUCAGUCUUACAGUAACUGAAAAAACGGAGACGUUUAUGACUAACUCAAAAGUAGAUAUAUGUAAACUGUUUUAACUUCAAGUUUACUAGCUGAUAAUUCCUCAAUAUUUACGGUUUGUUUCUACAAUUAAACGAACUUUGUUGAUGAUACUCAUCACAGGAAAGUUAUGACAAGUUCAACUUUCUGUAUGUCGUCAUAGUGUAACUUAAACAAUAUUUCGAUUGUUCUAUUGUGAUACACUGCCACCAAACUCUGAUCAAAACAUCAUCUACUUUUACUUACUGCUCUUACCCCUUGUGGAGGGGCAUAGGUCGCCCACCAAUACUCUGCAUCCAACCCUGUUCUGGGCUGUACUUUCCAGUUGCUAUUUAUGCUUUUCAUAUCUGCUUCUAUUUCCCGACAUAAUGUGUUCCUUGGUCUUCCUCUUUUUCAUUUCCCUUCACGAUUCCAAGUUAGCGCCUGCUUCGUGAUGCAGUUUGAUUAUUUCCGUAAUGUAUAUUUUACCAACCUCCAACAAAUUUUCCUAAUUUCCUCAGCUGGAAGCUGAUUUAUUCUCUCCCACGGUAGGUUGUUGCUGAUGGCAUCCGGUCAACGGAAAUUGAGUAUUUUACGUAUACAACUGUUUAUAAAUCCUUUUUUUCUUUUUUGAUGUUGGUUGUAGUAUUUCUCCAAGUUUCAUCUCCAUACAGUAGAACUGUCUAUACAUUCUUAUUGAAGAUUGUGACUUCGAUAUUGUUUGACAGUUGCUUUGAAUUCCAGUUGUUCUUCCAAUCCUUACCUUUACAUCUGCAUCAGAUCCUCUUUGUUCAUCGAUGAUGCGGCUGACCAGGUACGUGAAAGUUUCCACCUCUUCCAGAGUUUCUCAAUCAAGUGUGACCGGGAUGGUGUUCUCUGUGUUGUAUUUAGGGAUGUACAUGUUGAAGCCUACUGACGCAGAGUCUGCUGUUGCUACACUAGUUGUCUUCAUCUGCAUUUAAUCGUGUGUAUGGGAUAGAGAGAACAGGUCAUCUGUGAAGUCCGAAUCGUCUAGUUAUCGUCUACCUGUCCGCUGUAUUCCGAGCUUGCUGUCAAAUGUCAGAGUUUUUAUCAUCCAGUCAACCACCAGAAGAAAAUGAAAGGGAGAGAGUAAACAGCCUUGUUUGACUCCGGUCUUCACUUGGAAUGCAUCUGUUAACUGUCCUAUAUUCACAACUUUACAGUCUAUUCCGUCGUAUGAAUUCCAUAUGAUAUUGACGAUUUUCUCAGGUACACCAUAGUUUCUAAAACGGUUCCAUAAGGUUCUCUUAUCCACAUUAUCAAACACCUCAUUAUCAAGGAAGUCGAUGUAUAGUGACGAAUUCUAUUCAACUGCUUGUUCAACAGUGAUCCAUAGUGUUAUGAUUUGGUCAGUGCACGACCGGUACAUACGGAAUCUGACCUGUCAACUAUCCAAAUUUACACAAGUAAUAUUCUAGAAAGAAAGUGUUUGCAAAAUGACAUCUGUUCACAGGAAUUUCAAACAGUUAGUGGAAAAUUCAAUUUCACUAGAUUAACCAAGUUUGUCCACAUGAAAUCUGUUUUUAUUUACUUUGUUUAUUAAUAUGAUGAUCAGUUCAACACUUAAUACUUUGUAAGUUAAAACUUUUAAUUAGAGGUUAAGUCUGUCAUUUUGUUGAAAAUAGAAAUUAGUCAGAGCCUUAAAUGUUCAAUUUCAAUUUCUUAGGGUUACUAAGUUAUAAUUUUAAAUUUCCCAGCGAAAUAUUGAUUCUCUUAAAAUAGUGCAACAAAAUGGGUAUGUAUAAGACUUUCUGCUAAUCACCUUCAAUUAUCUAACUCUAAACAGUUAUUUUAUUCAUGUUAUUUAUUUGAACACAUAAAUACUGGUACACGGGGGCACCAGAUACAUAUUUGGUUUGUGUGAGGGCUGUGAUAUUGCCCGGGUGCCCAAACCGAAGCAGGUGGUUUUCUUAGGAGGCCACACUCGGAGCCUUCGACCUACAGGUCUGAUCCACAAGACAGUGGAGCAUCGUAAGGAGAUGCAGUCUCAUGGUAGCCGGUGACCAACGACUGAUUCAUACACCAUUUAUUCCCUCAGGAUACUGGAGCCCAUGUGCACCAUUGGUUUGAAAUCAGGCUUUUUCAACUCUCCUAGGUGAACUUUCCAUGUCCACCAACCCGGUUAAGGCGUCAGAUAUUCGUUUUUCAUCCUCUCAAUUUUGUAAACAACACCCUCGCCACGAGAAGGCAGUGAGUAGGACUUCCCUGACAGAGGCUAUAUACGCGUGGCCAUGUGAGAGCAUUUUGAAAAACAGUGAGCGGACUCUCUCCACUUACGGUCGUACAAGGGCAUUUUUCUGUAUAAUAUGAUUCCAUAUAAUUUUAUCAAAGCACUCUGUUUGUUUUGUGUUUGAGGAUAUAGUCGCUAACAUUCAAUCUUUGAAAAUCAACUAUUCAGAUUCAUAUUUAUAAAUAACCUAAUGAUUAAGAAUCAGUUGUGACUCUCUUUUGAUUCUAAUUUCAAUCUCACAAUCACCUAGAUGAAUAUGUAUUUUUGUCAAUUUCUUUGUUAUUUAUAAUUCAAUUAAACAGUUAUUUCUCCUACAAAAUAAUAACGUUUUCUUUUUUACAGAUUUUAAUGAUAAUUAUUCCUUGUCUUUUUUUGUAUUUUGUACAUCAAGAGAUUCACAGAAUGAAAUACACCGGCAAUUGGAAAUUAAACUUCAAGAAAUGGAAAAAGAACUCAAUGCUCAACAGUAUAAUAGAGUAAACUAAUAUAUUUAUUAGUAUAGUGAGAUUUAUAGAAGUUGUAGUCUCUCUCUAGCCUAAAUAGCGAACUGAUCAUUGUCGGACUAUCAUUGGAAACCAAGAACUACUGGAAAGCUGAUUCAUUCCAGUAUGAGACUCUUCAACAUCGGGAUCUAUGAUCCCACUACAAAGGAUCGAAUAUAUGAUCUCCGUUAUUGGCUGCGAAUGUUUAACCUUUAGGCCACUGAACCGGCAUAUGUUUGCUUAUAUAAUUUUAUUUUAAUAUUCAGUAUUGACUUAAUAUUUAUCCUUAUAUUUGAGGUUUACCAGUACGAGAAAAGCAGUGUGAUGAUACUGAUAAGUCUUGCUAAUUGAACGCUAUAUUCGUUUCCUAAGCUAUUCUGUAACCCCCAAGCUAGAACUAUACAGCGACCUGAACACGAAAGAAAAGGACCAAAAUAUGCGAGAAGUACUUUACUCCAGGGUCCAUUUUAACACAGAAAAUAUAGGGUUUUUAUAACAUUUUUAAAAGUCCUUGGGUUGCUUGUAGACUCUGGUAUGCUACUAAACAUAGUAGCAGUAUAGCAAUCAGCCAAUCAGAGCCUCUACACGUGAUGUUUCACUUUGAUAUUUUUGGCUAAAACUUCAAGCGAGCGCUGAUUGGAUGAAACACCUCUUAGUGUUUCCUGAUCCUUGCUUGUCUUUUGCAAGAAAUUUUCUGGAUCACUCCAACAGAUACUUAUAAAAUUUGAGUAGAACAUAGCUAUUUUAUUUAUAUUUUAGCGAAUUCAUAAAUAGUUAUCCUUUGAGAAAAAAUAUAAGUGACGUGUGUGCAAUAGAUUUCAAGGCGUUUGUUGAGAUUUGUUAAACGCAUCUUAAUAAUAUUGACUUUGAUUACUUCUAAUUUUUCGAAGAUCCAACUAUAGACUUGAAGUAGGUGAAGCAAAACUCCAUUCUGAUAAUACUUAAAAUCUUCUGGAAAUCUCAAAUACAAACAAGAAACUUUGAGACUUACUUAUUAUCUGGCAAAUACAGGUUAAAUUUUUCGGAACCAACCUAUUUUGAUAUUCACUUUAAUGAAUAGUUGUCAAUGUAGUUAACUGUAUUGACCAAUUAGUUUGUUUAAAUAACUCCUGGCACUAUUUUAGGCAACGAAACAUCAGCAAAGAUACAAACAACCUCGAUCUGUAUUUGUCAUCUCAUACCGUCUAUAGUAGGGGUUAGAAAUUCAAAUCAAAUAUCGAUUAUACCACCGAAUAGUUUGUUGUAUUCGGUUGCACGACUGAACAUCGUAUGUUUGCUUUUGAAUUAUGCUCAUCUGCAAUAAAACUAUCUAGACAUGAAGUUCCUCAGUAAAUAAUUAAGUCCUUUGACAAAUUUAUAAACACGGGUCAAAUAACGAAGUGACCUAGAUAUUUACACUUCGUAAUCUCUUUAGGCCGUUGGGUUGAAAUUUCCCCAGUUUUCACUUCCUAGUUCCUUGUGAUAAAACGCAAUCCAAUGUUUGACAUAAUCGUUUAGUCAUUCUCAUGUUUCCUAUUUGGUUGAUAUCACUGGUAACGAUUUUUUACUGGAAAUAUAUCUGGGAGAUAAUCGCUGUUUGAUGCAUUGGGUGGUGUCUAGUGUUUCAUUUAAUUUAUAAUUCUGAUAAUGGAAUGAGAAGAUGGAGUUUAUCAAGUUACGAUGACUGACCAUGUGCCAAAAUAGCUUCAAAAAACAAAUGAGGUUAAAAGACCCAAUAAGAGCAGUUAAAAAAUAACCAUUUUCAAUUAUCAAUCCCAGUUAAAAGCAGUAAUUGGAGUGAUCUAAAUCCCACCAGUGAUUUUAUCUAUCGAUAGGUAGAAUUCGAUCAGUAGCUUGAAUAACCCAAUGGUACAUAUAACUUCAGACUUUGAAACUAGGUGACUUAAGUUUGUAUCCACAAGGGACAACCCAUUUCCACAAAAUUACGUCUACGCCAUGCUGACAAGUUCUAACUACCAAGAAAUUUAUGUCAAGAAGAUUUUCUGAUGAGUUCCUUCAGCUACUUAACAUCAAUCCAAACGUUUUAGAAAGAUUAUCCAACUGAAUUGUUUCUUUGUUUUGGAAUUGUUAUAGGAGUUGACAUUAGAGAAAGAAUUCAAAUUAUCAUUGGAGAAAAAAGAACUGGAAUUGCAACAAAUUAAAAGUCAAACAAAUCGAAAAAUUGAACAACUGACAUCAGAACUUAAACAAAAAGGUUGGUGGUUUUAUUUAAUUUUUUGAACAAUAUUUGCAGUUUAAUGAGUUACAAUAAAACGGUUAUUUUCAGAGAGAUAUAAUUCCUAAUUAUAAAUUUUCAUGUUUGCAAUAGUAUGACCAACAUUUUGCCAGUUAUAUUCAAUCCAACAAAAGAUCGAGUUCGUAUGGAUCACUUUAUACUUGUUUUGAUAAUAAUUAUGUGUUAAGAUUUAUAACUGAGGUGGAUGCGUUUCAUUGUAUUGAGAAUGUAGUUUGAGCUAAGUAGUUUAACUACAAAGUAUUCAUUAUCAUUCUUCUGCAUGAUGAUGUCGUUCAGAAUAAAAUAGAAGCUUCUUAAUUAAACUAACGAACUCAGGCAACACAAUACAGUCAAUGAUGAUAUGUAUUUUGUAGUGGACAACUGUCUAUUUAAACACAUAAAUUUAGGUAAAAAUGAAGACCAAAAUAAGUAUACGCCAAACAAAAAAGAAAAUGAGAUUAUGAAGAAAUAGAGAAAGGAGAAGAGGCAUUAUCAAGUAAAUAAAUGAGUAGAAAUAAGUGAACGAGAAUAUAUUAUAAUCCUAAACAAAUACAACCAGGAAUUCUUUUAGCUAAAGAACUUCGUUUCACUUUUAUAAUGAAUAUAAAUACAGACUACAACAGGAUUCUCAUUGGUUUCUAUAAUGAGCCAUGUCUGAUAAUAUUUAGUCGUAAAUAAUAACUUCUACUAUUUAUGAAACUAUGAUUUCCACAUAACUUUCAAUAGUGUUGCGAAUUAACUUUGUCGUAUAGGUGCUAAAUGAUUGUAAAGGCCUAAAGUAGAAGAGGAACAGUAUUAUUCUAGUGUUUAGAUUGUUUCGGAUCAAGUCGUGUUUAAAUUCACAAGAAAACCAUAGCCAAACAAGGGGUUGACAACUUUGAACCUCACUCUACCUAUUUCAAUCUGAACAAUAUCUCUAGCCGUUGCACAGUAAAAUUGACUCUAUUGAUUCGCUACAAAUUUCUUUUAGGUAGUUUGAACAAAUAGUAAUGGUAUAUUUACGUAUAUAAAUCAUUAGCAACCUAAAAUUCCGGUAAUCAUCUAACAGACUGUCAUUUGUUAAUACGAUUAAAAAAAGUAUUUCUGGAUGUUCCUAAAUUUUCAAAACUACUUUGUGUUUGAGAUUGAUUAUAUCAAGGAAUAUACAGAAUUGAUGAUAACCUAGUUUUUAUAUGAUGUAGGCAGAGUAAAAGCCAUCUUGAGAUUAUUCCAUGUUUAAAAGAUUGGGUUUAUUACUGAACACUGAAAAAUAGAAAGCUAUGUAUCGUUGCUUAUUGCUAACUAAAAAACUCUUCAACAAUUAAUAUUGUGUAAACUAGAUAUUUAUAACCAUCAAAGUGUGAAACACAAAUAGGCGUGAUUAUAAUUUAUGCAUAGGUCUUGGAUUUUGGCGCGAAAUUCAUCCAUCUUUUUGGUUAAUUAGGACUUUGGCAUUUUAGCUGAUGCGAACCUUAAAUCUAAUUCCUAAUCUUAACCAUCAACAGUAAAUCAUAAUCCUAAUUCCUCACAUUGGUUUAUAACUCUCAUUUAGUCCUAGUAAGUAAGUGUACAUCCCCAAGUUCAUUUUAGCAUCACUCGAAGGUAGUCCAUAAAUUGGUCUGAUCCAAAAAUCUAACUAGUUUCAAGUUAUGUAUGGCCAAUCAUGCUGUAAUUAGGAAUGAAUUGCUUUGCUUUUUAGUGAACAUUCGUAGGGUCAGUUCCAGUCCACAGUGAGAUCUUAUUAGUUGACAAUUCAAACGCUUAACUUUACGCAGGAAAUAUUUGCUUGUUUCAAAUAACUACUCUUAUUGCUACUAAGAAUACUAAUAGUAAUAACACGUACGAGUGUUUUUCCCUUAUCAAAAUUCAUUUUAUUUUUUUUAAUCCUUAAGAAAGAGAAAACAUUGUUUUGCAAGAAGAACAUCGCCGUAUUAUGGAAACGAUGAAAGAGGAAAUUAACCAAUUGACUAAUAGCGUGAACAAUUCGGAUUCCGUUCGAGGAGAACUUGAAAAUCAAAUCCAAAAAUAUCAACAAGAAGUUAGGAACCUCGUCUUUAGUGUUUUUUUAUUAAUUAAGAUAAUCGCAGGUGAAGUUUCACAGUCAGGAAUUUAUUCUAAAGGUUGUUUCGUACCGCAUAUUAUUUAAGAACUAAAACGAAAAAUUAGUAAGUGGAUCUAAUUUGAUUUCCGGACAUAGUCAGCAGGAAUCUCUGAAGCUAGAUUUUACGCUAGAUAGCAGUCAUUAACAAGAUGUAAUUGAAAUCUUGACGAAACUUAGGUUGGUCGCUGCACAAAUAUAUCAGUAGUAACGUCUCAAACGGUGAAGCUGGGUAGUGUAGAUCUGAAUCCUAUAGGGAAAACCACUUCUAUUAGCACUGCAUACAACGACUGUUGACGAGUCCAAAGCAGCACGAAGCCUACUCCUAAAGUUUCCCACCGACCUAAUAUAUUAACAAGGAGCAUGCGAAUUUCAACAACCAACCAGUGGACACACUGUAGCUUGAUCGAUAACAUUUGCUCAGCAUUAAAAGACUAGGAAAACAUUUUAUUGGUCACCACUGUGAUUAUAAAUGCUUGAAGUUUAUCCUCAGAUUCCUCACUAUAAACAACGAACGAGUUAUGGGUGAAUGAUUCUGAAGAGUACUACAGUCAAAAGAUAAACUAUCUUAUUUUAAGUAUGAAUAAAUGUCCUUUGUGUAGUUUACGAUUCUUCCAUUGUUAGAGAAAUAUUACUCAAAGAAUUAUUUAUUUUUAUGUACAUUUGACAUAAAACAUCGUAGUUUGCAGACACUUGGUAAUUCACAUGAGAAUAGUCAGUCUCAUCAACUAGUUUCAGUUACACCAUUUAAUCAGUCUCACUGAAUAUCACUCAAAAUUGACUGUUGUGAAAUGUAAUCAAGACACAUACAGCAUUGAUCAUGUAGUCUCACUAAUGUCUUUUUCAUCUUCAUUUAAUUAAAACAAAAAAUAAUCUCCAAAAUUUACACUUGAUUCGAAUUACUUUCAGCGUUUGAUUGUCUAAGGAGUUAGCUAGGAUAUUAGACUCAUAUGUUCUUCAGAACCUAUCUAAUCUUUGUUAUCGUGUUGAAUUAUAAGGUCUAGUACAUCUGAAUGUGAUACUGAGGGUAUGUUGGAACUAGAGUUUGAUGAGUAAUAGUGUACGUUGCCAAUGUCGUCUCGUUCCACCACAAUAAUUGAUUUUAUUGACAAUUUAUAAUAUUAGGACUAGCAAGCAAGAUGAUUUAGUUUAACAGUGCACUGCGAAGUGUAAAACCUUAGUAAGGAAGUUUGAAGACUUUCGCCAAGCCCUCAGUCCAAUUCUUCUUAGUGAACAAGUACAGAUCCGUGUAUACGACCUACGUUACACACUAAAGUAGUGUGAUAAAACCCAGCUGGGCGGGCCGGAGUUAGUUGAAUGAGUAUCCCAUUUAAAAACCAGUGUUUAGAGCUUAGGUCUUUCCGACAUCAGUCAAAUAUACUCUGACACCAACGUGUAUUACUCAGCUUGACGGCUAUGCUGGAUAAAUUCUCGUCAGUAGAGUUAUAUCAAUUGUGGCUAUUUUGAUUAUCUAGACAUUUAUCAGUUAGACUAUCUGUAGAAUGUUAAUAACUGAUCACCGUGUUUCUAGGUUAAACAACUUUACGCUACAGUUGAAAAAGAAUGUUGGGAGAGAGAUGAAUUAAACUCUGUAUUGGCUGAAACAAGGGAUCAGUUAAUGAAACUAAGUAAUUCCUCAAAGGAAUCUGAAUCAGAUCAGAGACAAUCUAAUUUGCAUGAAAACCAAGAAGAUAGCCAUUUAUUACCACCAAUAUCUUCAUCGUCGGUAAAGUCUGAACAGUUUACCAAACGUACUCUUCCAAAAAGUUCGAAGACUUCUAAUUCUAAUAAUGGUAUUGCAAGGCGUUCUUUCCAAAACUUUAAGAAUAUAAAAGAUACUUCUGGAUUGGCUGCUACACGAAGACAAAUUGCUGCCAUUAUCUCCGCAACAAAGUUCCGAAGUCAAUGACUAAAAAGUAAACUAAGCUGUAGAUGAGAUUUUUAAAAUAGCGUUAUUACUUACAUAUUUUUUUCUUUUAAUCUAAAAGUUUAAUGUACUCCUAGUCU